AAUGUAUUUUGUUGAAAGUUUUAUCAAGUAAGUUUCUACUUGAGUUGGCGGUUUGCAAGGGAUCAUCAUUCUUUUCUUGGGACUGUCAAAAGCCUAGAAGGGUUUGUUUUCUUUCUCAAGGCUAUAAAGAUAAGAGGGUUGAAUAUAUGAACAAGUAAGAACUGGGACUUGUAGACUAAGUGCCAAAGGAUUCUAACCUCUCUUCUGGAUUAAAAUUGAAUGUGGAUCAAGUACGUGUAAGGAUUGACACUAUAUUGCCAUUCUUGUGAAUUAGAAGAAUCCAUGAAUCUGCAUAAUAACAAAGUUGGGAUGCAGUCCAGGAUUAACUGUUGGAGUUUGACAAUGGCUUGAGACUGGAUUGGUGUUUUCUGAACUUAUCUUGAAGUCUAAUAGCCACUUUCGUAAACAACUUAAGUGGGCAAGGGAGAAUUGUUCUACUACGGUUCUGUAUGUCUUGGUAUUAGCAAUGGGCCAAUGACUGGUUUGAAUUAUAUAAAAAAAGGAUGUUUGAGCUCCUGCUUUCUGCUUAUUCAACCAUUAGCACACAAGAUGCAGCUCACUUCCUGGGAAUGAAUGAAAAUGAUGCUACAAACUAUGUGCUGCAACAGGGCUGGGUGUUGGAUUCAGCUUCUCAAAUGCUUACUGUGAAGAAGCAGGCAGUUGUAACAGAACAGAAGUUAGACCCCAGCAAAUUACAGCGCUUGACAGAAUAUGUGUUCCAUCUUGAGCACUAACCAGUUUGUUGGUUCCGGGAUUUCUAAAUCUGGUAGUCAUUAGGUGUUUUUGUUACUCUUAAGUGGUUGGAGAAAUUAGGUGGCAAAAUUUUAUAGCAACAGAUCUAAGCAUGGAUCCAAUGAUUAUUAUCUCUCUUGGUAACUACAUAGUACUACGAUGAAGUCGAGAAGAGAGCACAGUUCUUCGGAAACUUUCUUCGUUAAGGGGUAUUAGUUGAUAUUGAACAGUGUCAAACAGUCCUCUUUGAUUUAAUUUUUCAUUUUUUUCUCUUAA